AGAGGAGAGGAGGAGGCAACAGGUGCAGCAGGCAGCAGCAGCAGCUCAGCCUCCUCACACUCUGAGAGGAAAGCAAAUAUUACAUGAAGGUGCGUCUGAAACUCACAGCUGCAGAGACACAUGACUGGGACAAUAUGAGGGACAUGUCCAGAGAUUGUGUAGGAAAGAGGAAGCAGUGGCUCUUUAAGCAGGGCAUUCAUCAAGGGCCCUACAAGCGUUUCAAGAGGCGGCUCAUCUACUGCAGCAGAGACUCCCCUGUUGUAAGUCCACCUGUGGCCUCUGGGAGGCGCCGUGAGUCAGGCUUUGACCUGGACACAGUGUGUCAGAGACUGGAGCUGGACGAGCUGGACUCUCCACCGAGAUCCCGUGGAGCAGCAGAGCAGAUGGGCCUGCGGAGAGACUGCCUCACAGAGACAGCAGUUGACGGAUGUGGGGCUGUUCCAACACCAUCACAUGGCACGAUCAGUGUUCCAAUGCCAAUCAAUUCAUGUGAUGUCAUCUGUGCCCGCGGACGACCUGCCACAGGAAAUGCCCCAGAACAGGGAUGGACAUGGAGAGCUGCAGAUGAAGGAGAUGCCAAUGCACAACAGGAGGGCUCUGAUGAGGGAAAACCUGGUCCGGUUCCAUUUACUGUUCUGGACAAAGUUCAGGGGGAGUCGAUGGUGAAGCUAGCGGCGCCGUCACUACUUAACGAUUUCUACACUAAUGUUCUCGACUGCAGUUGUGAUGGUCUGGUUGCAUUAGCACUGGGCUCUUCUGUUUACCUCUGGAAUUCAGAAACUCAAGCUCUGAUGGGAAGUUUGUGCCUGAAUCCACAACCAGGACGACUGCACCGUCAGUCCAUCUCGUCUCUGUGCUGGAGCAGAGACGGCAGAGCUCUCUGCUUUGGGACCAAGUCGGGGGAGAUACAGUUGUGGGAUGUUGAAAAAAAGCAGACCACGAGGAGCCUGCCUUCACACUUCUCUGCGAUCGGAGCACUUUCCUGGAAACAGCACUUACUCAGCAGCGGGUCUGUUCUUGGACGUAUACAUCACCUUGACCCUCGGGCUCCUGCACCGCUGGUUGGUGCUGCAGUGCAGACAGAGGGGAUCUGCAGCCUGCAGUGGUCACCAGGAGACGACUGGCUGGCCAGCGGCUCCACAGACGGCCUCCUGCAUAUAUGGGAUAGUGACAUUGCAGGGCAUACAAGAUCAAAACAGCCAGUGAAGACUAUGAAACAGCCCAGUGCUGUUAAGUCAAUGGGAUGGUGUCCGUGGCAAGGAAAGAUGAUCGCUACAGGAGGAGGAUGGAAAGAUGGAGAGCUGAGAAUCUGGGACACACAAUCUGGGACAUGUGUGACCUCUGCAAACACAAACUCACAGAUCUGCUCUCUGCGAUGGGCUGAAAAGAAGCAAUUUUUGGUCACAGGUCAUGGCCGCCCUCAUCACCAAAUCAUCCGCUGGACAUGGGAGUUUCCUUCCCUCAACCCAGUCCAGCAGCUCACAGGUCACUCUCAUCGAGUUCUGCACUUGGCCUUAAACCCUGACGAUACUCAGGUCUUCUCUGCGGGAGUGGACCACCGUUUUCACAUCUGGAAUAUUUAGUCAUCAUCACACAGAGCUCAGAGCAUGUCACUCACGUUUUUCUUGGUGAUUCUUCUGUGUCAGGCCUUCACAUUUCCCGUCAUCUGCCAGAAGCCAUACCGCCAACAAGUCAUGCACCACAAUGUGAGGGUUUUUGUGGAUUCUUUAUGACAAAUUUAUAAACCCUUCUUAUUUAUGACCUUUUUAAUUGUGGAAUAAACCAGGAGUGAAUGCUAGGAGUGAAUCUUACUGAGGGUCAAAUGCUUGUUAUAUAAUUUACAACAUUUUCAUGAUGAGAUAUUGAAGAAGAACUGGAAAUAGCAACUCAGGAAAAUGUUUACAGAUGUUAUAAAUCAAGUGAGAAGUAAAUUCAUU